UAUUAAUAUGGCUUGUAUUUUAUGCUUAACAUGAUAAGUUAACACGGACAUAAUGGCAAGAACAAAGAAGGGCUGGUUUGGUUGGUUGAAGAGGCUCUUUACUCCUGAAUCAAAGACAAACACGAAAAAGAUAUCAAACAAGUGGAGGUGGAUUUUUGGAAGGCUUGAGCUUCAGGAUUACCCUUCUCAGCCUGUGCUUACAGCAUCAGAAAGAGCAUUUCGUGUAGUUACAGAAGAGCAGAAAAAACAUGCAUUGAUUGUUGCAAGAGCAACAGUGGUUGCAGCCGAAGCAGCUGUAGCUGCUGCCCAAGCUGCAGCUGACGUUGUGCACCUAACGGGAGCUUCACAUUCUUUCUACCAUUUCACAAAGUUCGACAGGAACUUGGCUGCCAUUAAAAUUCAAAGUGCUUAUCGUGCGCAUCUUGCCAGGAAAGCAUUGCGAGCCUUACGAGGACUGGUCAGGCUUCAAGCCAUAGUUCGUGGCCGAGCUGUGAGACGUCAAGCACUCAUCUCUUUGAAGCGGUUGCCAUCUAAGGGAAAAGGGCAGACAGAGGUUAAUAAUAAGAAGAGCAUUUCUGCCGCAGUUGUGAGAUGCAAUGGUAGCGAAAAGAAGCAUCUCAGGAUACCAAAAGGGGAGUUGGAUAAGAAAGAAAUAACUAUUUUAUGUAGCAGGAAUCAGAUAAGGUGGGAUGACAGUCUAAUUUCAAAAGAGGACAUUGAUGCAAUAUGGCUAAAAAAGCAAGAGGCAAGAAUCAAAAGAGACCGGAUGAAGAAAUACUCGUACUCCCUCCGGGAAAGCAGGAAUGUGAAAGUGUUAGAAGAUGUAAUCGGUAUUACUAAUGGACUUUGUGGAACUUCACCAGUUAAAUUAAGACAUUUGAGAAAUGAAUAUUCGGUGGAAGGUCGAUGA